AUGUUUUGCCUGAAGACGCAUACAAUGUUUCUGCUCGCGGGGCCGAUCGGGUAUUAUGCCAUCGCUGCAGCGAGGUUGCCAGCCACUUUGGAGGGGGUGUACUUGGACCUUCUCCAGGCCUGCGGUGACCUCUGGGACAAGGCCAUAACACGGGAGGAGCUGAGCGGGCUGCGUGAGCGAGUAGCAUCUGCCAUUUGUGGGGUGGAGCGGCACCUGUCAGCAGUGGAGCUGGAUAUCAAGCUUCACAACUUACUCCACCUUGUGGAUGGUAUUGAGAUGUUUGGGCCCCUAUUUGCAUGGGCCAUGUUUCAACCGGAGUCCAUCUGGGGCAUGCUGUCCCGGCUUGCUCACAGUAAGGUCUAUAUGGAGUCUAGCAUGUUCUUUUCAGCGCUGGACAAGGAAGUGACGCUAAAGCUCCGGCAAUCGCCCGAGUAUGCUGUCCUGGGCAGGCGGGAUGGUGACGAGGAUGAAGUCGACCCGGGAAUGUGGGACCCCGAGACGUACUUGUGCGAGGGUUUGCCAGUUAUACGACUAGGGAACAUCGAGGAGGAAAUGUACAGACUGGGUCCAACGGAGCUAGAGGGGCUCGAGCUCUUGUAUCAGCGGUACAACAAGGAGGGUCGUGUCCAUAGUCGCUGCAAGAUCAUGAAGGAGAUCUGGGUUGGGGAGAUGAAGCUCCAGAAGGGGUCAUGGUUCCUGGUGCGGCCAGAUGCAGAAGGGGAUGGCCUCAUGUGGUUCGGGGUGGUGAAGGCCCUUAUCCGCCACAAGGGGCCAGACCGUGCCAUUUAUGAGGUAGUGAGGGCAGACUGGUUCCGGGGCCCAAGCCUGCAAGCCCAGGUUGACCGGCGUCUGCGCUGCCCAGUUGUGAGAAGCAAGCCCAUUAAAAUACCAGAUGGAGAAUGGUGGUUCGCCAACGCUAUCGUGCCAUGGCCAUGUUGGGCGAUGCCUCAUCCCAGUAAGCCAUCCAGUGCAGGUCUCAAGGUGGUACUUGCUAGGCAUUGGCAUGUUACCAGGUUUCUCUCACCAUAUCCCCGCAUCUAG